GCUUGGAAACUCUAAUAAGCUGACAGCAGCAUAAAAGAGCCGCCCUCUUCUUUAACCCUUCAUUUUUUUCAUAAAAAAACACAAGUCUUUUUCUUUAACUUUUGUUUUCCUUUUUCAUUCUUUUGGUGGCUCUGGAGCCGCGUCUACCAAUUCCCAGACUAUGCUUCGGGCAAAGCAGCUCGGCACACUCUCCCAGUCAGCUAGGUCCUUUUUUCUAGGUGGAUCACGAUGUAGUGCAGGAGAUGGAAGUUCCUGCACUUGUUCAGAAGAUGAAACUUGUAUUUCGAAGAGGCUGCAGACUAGAAAUGAGGUUGGACAUCCACAAAUAUCAUCCAACGUAGUUUCAAAAGCCUCUGUAGGAGUUGGUGCCUUAUUGUCUGGAGACACUGUAAAGGCUGUGAGCUCGAGGAAAAAUGAGACUUUAGACUCUCCAGUUUCUAGGCCACAGGCCAUACCCGCAUCUACCUUGUCUGGGAGGGUAGACUCUGUUAAUUAUGGUAACAUUGAUGCCGAGAUUACUGUACAGUCCUCACCUCCCAUCUCAGACCAGUUUGUCCGGGCUGGUAUUGCAGCAGUCAGUUUUUUAUCCGAUGUGGUAAAUUAUAAGAUACCUAUGUUAGAUGGAAGCGGAGUGGUUAACUCAUCCAACAACUGUAUGGUGGAACGUGCAAAGCCUGUAUCCAAUGUGAGACCAUCAAAUGUAAAGACCUCCAGAAAUGACAAACUUCAAGGAAAAGCUUCUACUGAUCCACCUGUAACAUCAAACCUUGCAAACAAUUCGAAUUACACAAAAAACAGAGGUGAUAAAUAUAACUCAGUCAGAGGCAGGAAUCCAGUUUCGAACAACGUUGAUAGGGAAGUGGAGACCCAUGGUGUUAUCACAGAUUCUCGUGACCACAGGAGGACAAUGCCUGCAAAGUCAAGAACAUAUCCAAAUCGUAACAUGACAAAUGUGCGUGCCUCUGAAGGAAAGCUGAAGCAUGAGAUUCCUGAAGGUUUCAGCAGGCCACAACGAGAAACAAAGUUUCAAAAUGCAGGAGUUGUUCCAAUGGUCAGGCAAUUCUCUAAUUGUGGCCAUGUUGUUGGAACUGUUUCUCUCAUUUUGCAACAGUUUAAUUGGAGUCCUGAGACAGAAAAUGCUCUUUGUGAUAUUAACUGUUCAUUAGAUCCAUACCAAGCAAACCAAGUUCUUAAGCAGAUCCAUGAUCAUGCAGUCGCUCUUGGAUUUUUCUACUGGUUGAAGCGGCAACCAGGAUUUAAGCAUGACGGACAUACCUAUACCACCAUGGUUGGCAUCCUGGGACGUGCUAGGCAGUUUGGGGCGAUUAACAAGUUGCUUGAGCAGAUGGUCAAAGAUGGGUGCCAACCAAAUGUAGUGACGUAUAACCGUCUCAUUCACAGUUAUGGCAGAGCAAACUACUUGCGUGAAGCAUUUCAGGUCUUUAGUCAAAUGCAGGAAGCUAGAGUUGAACCUGACCGUGUAACCUAUUGUACUCUAAUUGACAUCCAUGCAAAAGCUGGUUAUCUUGAUGUUGCCAUGGACUUGUAUGAAAGGAUGCAAGAUGCUGGGCUCUCUCCAGACACUUUCACUUAUAGUGUCAUCAUCAAUUGCCUUGGAAAAGCAGGCCACUUAGCUGCUGCGCACAAACUGUUCUGUGAGAUGGUUAAUCAGGGCUGUGUACCAAACUUGGUUACAUACAACAUUAUGAUUGCAUUGCAUGCAAAAGCAAGGAACUAUUCUAGUUCAUUGCAGUUAUAUCGCGACAUGCAGAAUGCUGGAUUUGAGCCAGACAAGGUGACAUACAGCAUUGUAAUGGAGGUGCUUGGCCAUUGUGGCUAUCUGGAUGAAGCAGAGGCAGUUUUUACAGAGAUGAAAAGGAAGAAUUGGGUACCUGAUGAACCUGUCUAUGGUCUUCUAGUGGACUUAUGGGGAAAGGCUGGAAAUGUAGAAAAGGCUUGGAAUUGGUAUCAUGCGAUGAUUAAUGCAGGUUUGCGCCCCAAUGUUCCUACAUGCAAUUCUCUGCUAAGUGCUUUCCUUAGAGUUCACCGGUUGCCUGAUGCGUACAACUUGCUUCAAAGCAUGGUUGAAUUGGGUCUAAACCCUUCUCUGCAAACUUAUACCUUGCUCCUUAGUUGCUGCACAGAAGCUCAAACAUCAUUGGACAUGUCGUUUUGUUGUGAGCUGAUGGCAGUCACACGUCACCCAGCACACAGAUUCCUUCAGACCAUGCCAGCAGCAGGACCUGAUGGGCAGAAUGUGAGGGAUCAUGUAGGCAGCUUUUUGGAUCUGAUGCAUAGUGAGGACAGAGAGAGUAAAAGGGGUCUUGUUGAUUCGGUUGUUGAUUUUCUCCACAAAACAGGUCUCAAGGAGGAAGCUGGAUCUGUCUGGGAGGUGGCAGCGCACAAGAAUGUCUACCCUGAUGCAGUUAGAGAGAAAAGCUCCUCUUAUUGGCUUAUAAACCUCCAUGUAAUGUCUGAUGGAACUGCUAUAAUUGCACUUUCAAGAACACUUGCCUGGUUCCGCCGACAGAUGCUUAUCUCGGGAAUUCGUCCAAGCCGCAUUGAUAUCGUGACUGGAUGGGGCCGAAGGAGUCGGGUGACAGGAUCCUCUAUGGUGAGGCAGGCAGUACAGGAGUUGCUUAACAUGUUCGGCUUCCCAUUUCUUUCUCAGAAUGGGAAUACAGGGUGCUUUGUGGGCUGUGGGGAGCCUCUCACUAGAUGGUUGGUCCAGCCUUAUGUUGAGAGGAUGCAUUUGCUAUAGUGUUCGGUAACAAGAAAUUCUAUCAUAAAUCACAGUUUUGUCAUGGAAGAGGAACUAAUUUCCUCAGGAAUUAGAAUGUACUUAAUUAUGUGCAGUCUUAUGGAUUUCAUUAGUUUUCCUAAUUAUGUUUUUCUAACUCAUCUCAUAUUCCGGAGUCUAUUUUGUUUGAAUCUGACCGGAGAUUAGGAGUAAUAUCGUGUUUGUUGCUAAGCAGGGCCAUAUUCCCAAUUUUGUUUCAUAGUUGAUCACAUUAUUGGCUAGUGGACGUAGUACUUGAUCGACCAAAAGAAGGAACUAGCCCCUGCUUUCUGUAUUACUGUUGACAGGUGCUCCACUUCAGCUUUGAUUUUUUCGUUCAAUAAAUUCUGUUGUUCUGCUU